CGCGUGCGCCGUGUGCGGUGGCGGCGGAGCGCGCGGUGGGUGGCGGCUGCGGUGGUGGGGCCGCGGCUCCAGCCUUGGUGCCGGCCACAGAUCUUUUUCAGAUAUCACUUUUUUCAGUAGAAUUGAAGUUCAAGAAGAAGGAAGUGGACUCUUUAGAACUUGUUGCAAAAAAGGAAUUUCAAAUUCUGGCAGGACAGUAGUCUCAUGAACAGUCAAUGACAUCAGAGGAACUGGCAGAGUUGAGCAAGAAAAAAGACCUUUUCAUGAACUUCUACAAAGAAUGCAAAUGAGGCUAGUGUGACUUUCAAUGCUUUUGUCCAUGAAACCUCCUUGAGAAGAUGGCUGAUGUAAGCCUAAAGGAAGCAGCCCUUAUUGUUGGUGUGGUGGCAGCCUGCUACUGGAACAGUCUCUUUUGUGGGUUUGUUUUUGAUGAUGUUUCAGCAAUUUUGGACAAUAAAGAUUUGCAUCCUUCUACUCCACUAAGAAAUCUGUUUCAGAAUGACUUCUGGGGCACUCCAAUGUCUGAGGAGCGGAGUCAUAAAUCUUAUCGUCCCCUUACAGUUCUAACGUUUCGCCUAAACUACUUGUUCAGCGAGUUAAAUGCAGUUUCUUACCACUUUCUAAAUCUGGUCUUUCAUGUGGUGGUGUGCAUAGUCUUCCUCAAGGUCUGUAAGCUCUUCCUGGACAACAGGAGCAGUGUAGUUGCAUCCUUGCUCUUUGCAGUGCACCCAAUACAUACUGAAGCGGUGACUGGAGUUGUGGGCAGAGCAGAGCUUUUAUCAUCUAUUUUUUUCCUAGCUGCUUUUUUGUCAUACACAAAGUCUAAAGGGCCGGAUAAUACCAUAGUGUGGACACCAAUUGCAGUGACUGUAUUUCUAGUAGCUGUUGCAACACUGUGUAAAGAACAAGGAAUAACAGUGGUGGGGAUAUGCUGUGUGUAUGAAGUCUUUAUUGCUCAAGGGUACACCUUGCCAGCAUUAUUGGACACAGCUGUACAGAUUCUUCGAGGAAAGGGCAGUAUUCCUUUCUCUAUGCUCCAAACACUGUUGAAACUCAUAGUCCUAAUGUUCAGUACACUCCUGCUUGUAGUUGUCAGAGUCCAGGUUAUCCAGUCUCAGCUUCCAGUGUUUACAAGGUUUGAUAACCCAGCUGCUGUUAGUCCAUCCCCAGCAAGACAGCUGACUUUCAACUACCUCCUCCCUGUAAAUGCUUGGCUUCUUCUCAAUCCCUCAGAAUUAUGCUGUGACUGGACAAUGGGAACUAUUCCUCUUGUGGAGUCUUUGUUAGAUGUUAGAAAUAUUGCCACCCUUACCUUCUUUUGCUUUCUGGGAUCUUUGAUGGUCUUCAGUCUCCGAUACCCUGGAGACUCGUCCAAGACAGUAUUGAUGGCUCUCUGCUUAAUAGUGCUACCGUUCAUUCCUGCAUCAAACCUGUUUUUUCCUGUUGGAUUUGUAGUAGCAGAGCGAGUGUUAUAUGUUCCUAGCAUGGGAUUCUGCAUUUUAGUAGCGCAUGGAUGGAAGAAAUUAUCAACUAAAAGUGUGCUAAGAAAAAUUUCUUGGGUUUGUUUGGCUGCUGUGCUGUUCACUCAUGCCUUAAAAACACUGCACAGAAACUGGGAUUGGGAGUCGGAGUACACUUUGUUUAUGUCUGCUUUAAAGGUAAAUAAGAACAAUGCAAAACUAUGGAACAAUGUGGGGCAUGCAUUAGAAAAUGAAAAAAAUUUUGAAAGAGCUCUGCAGUUUUUCAUACAGGCCACACAAGUGCAACCAGAUGAUAUUGGUGCCCACAUGAAUGUAGGAAGAACUUACAAGAACCUAAACAAAACAAAAGAAGCUGAAGAAUCAUAUAUGAUUGCUAAAUCAUUGAUGCCACAGAUUAUUCCAGGGAAAAAGUAUGCAGCAAGAGUUGCUCCUAACCAUCUAAAUGUUUAUAUCAAUCUUGCAAACUUAAUUCGAGCAAACGAAUCUCGCCUUGAAGAAGCGGAUCAGUUAUAUCGACAAGCAAUUAGUAUGAGGCCAGAUUUCAAGCAGGCUUACAUCAGCAGGGGAGAAUUACUUUUAAAAAUGAACAAACCUCUGAAAGCUAAGGAAGCAUACCUUAGAGCUCUAGAACUAGACAGAACCAAUGCAGACCUGUGGUACAACUUGGCAAUUGUUUACAUUGAACUGAAAGAUCCAACAGAAGCCCUGAAGAAUUUCAACCGAGCACUAGAACUCAACCCAACGCAUAAACUGGCAUUAUUCAACUCAGCACUGCUAAUGCAGGAAUCUGGUGAUGCUCGACUUAGACCUGAAGCCAAGCAAAGACUGCUACAUUAUGUGAAAGAAGAACCGCAGGAUUCAAAUGGAUACUUCAACUUGGGUAUGCUAGCAAUGGAUGACAAAAAAGACAUGGAAGCAGAGGCAUGGAUGAAGAAAGCUAUAAGGUUACAACCCAACUUCCGAAGUGCUUUGUUCAAUUUGGCCCUGCUUUAUUCUCAGACAGGAAAAGAAUUGAUGGCUUUGCCUGUCUUGGAAGACUUACUGAGAUACUACCCUGAUCAUACCAAAGGUCUGAUUUUGAAAGGUGAUAUCCUUAUGAACCAAAAGAAGGAUAUUGUUGGAGCAAAAAUGUGUUUUGAAAAAAUUUUGGAACUGGAUCCCAACAAUGUACAAGGAAAACAUAAUCUCUGUGUGGUUUAUUUUGAAGAAAAAGAUUUAAUAAAGGCAGAAAAAUGUCUGGUUGAAACACUAGCACUGGCACCUCAUGAAGAGUAUAUUCAGCGUCAUCUAAACAUAGUUAGAAGUAAAAUUGCAUCACUUGGUGCUGUGGAACAAUCAUCACUUCCAUCAGAUGGGACUGCAGCUACAGAAGCAAAAAAAAAAUCAGUUCAGAAUUUGAAAGAAGCAAAAAGCGAGAAGGCAACCACCCAAUCAACAGCUGAUAAUAAAGAGCACUCAAAAAACAAGAAACUAACAGAGAAAAGCAGUGUGGACAAAGAGACUCCCAAAAAAUCUACAAAAGAAAUUAAAGACAUUGAGAAAAAGAGAGUUGCUGCAUUGAAAAGACUGGAAGAAAUUGAGCGUAUAUUAAAUGGUGAAUAGUCUUUACCAUGUCACAAACAAAUAAGGGGAGAAUACUAUUUUUAAUUAUUGUUUAAUUUGUGAGCCAACUGGAAAGUGUUCUCAGUGCUUUGAAAAUAGAAAUAAUGUUGACUGCAUAUCACUUAUCAAGCAGCAAAAGGCAUUACAAUGCUCUAUGUGAGAAAACCACAACUUUUAAAUAUGAUGGAGGGAUGGGUGGGAAUUGAAGGAUAAAGGGUUGAGAAAAAUCUUCAAUACAGAAUCCUUAAUAAUGAAAAAAUAGCACUCAUAAACGUCAUUGGUAGUCAGGGAUAUUAAGUAAUGCUACUUUCAAAGAUUCAGUAGAAGAAUUGAAUGGUGAAUUAGUGGGAUAAGCCAGACACUCCUUCUUUCCCCCAACAAAUCUGUUUGUAUUCUCAUUAUCUACAUUUCAGUUUAAAAAUCAGCUGAAAUUUUCCUAGACCUCUGCUGUAGAAGAAAAACAUUUUUUCUUUACAUUAUUUGUUUCCAGAACUUAACAAAUUCAUCAAAAUGCCACUGGGUGUAGUAUAGGAGGAUGCAACAACACACUAAAAUUUUCAGUUGCAUUCUAAAUAUGGAAUGAUAUAUUAACUCUUAGAUGUUCUUUAUUUACAGUGCUAAUGGUUUGUACUCUUUUACCUGAUAAGAAGUCUUAUGGUGCUUUUAAGAUCUUUAGACUCUGCUUUUUUAUUUUAAAGGAAAUGUGUGGGGUUUCUUCAACUGUCAAUCCUCUGAUUGUUUUUAAAAAUUAUAUUGUAAAGGGUGGUUUCUUCCCCAGUUCAUUGAAUGCUGAUAAAUGCACUUUGGUACAGUAACCAGUAUGCUAUGCAGUAGUCCAUUUUGUUGACUUUGUAUCAAUGGCUGUGGAUUGACUCCUUGAUGUAGUAAAUUCUUCCUUGUUUAUAGCAAUCUGGUUUUACUAUUUCUGUCAUUGCAACAGUAUUUCUAUUCUCAUGACUUUUUACAACACUAAAAUAAGCAAUGUUUGCUCAAUGCAGUGCGAUAAUAAUUAAACCAUUGAAUUUAGUCAUGUUUAACACAAGAGAAUGUAGGUAGUGUCCUUUCAAAUACUAAGUUCUGUUAUUUUGAUACUUUGUCUUGGGUGUGUGGUUUUUAUUAAAUAUUUAUUUUGACUACUAAAAUAUUCCCAUUUACACUUUUUCACUAGUGCAUCAUUUUAAUUUCUUACACGAAAUAAAAAUCUUUCAAAUUUCAGUACUGCUUUUAUCCUUAUGCAAUGCAUAUGUUUUUGUUUAAAUAUGCUACAGAUUACCUAAACCUGAUGUUUUCUUUAAUUCUCAGAAAGAAAAGAAGUGUAAGAGAUGAGUUCACUCAUAAUUUUCAUUGAUCAUUAAAUCUAACUCUUACUCUU